GUCGGCAGCAAUCCAAACAAAUCUGAGGGUCGAAGCGGAAGUGAGCGAGAGACGACUAAAGGGAGACUCGGCAGCAACGAGUUCAUACAUUGAAAGGAUCUAAAUAAGCGUUACAAGAAAAAAAAGUUGACCCGCGUAAAUCUACUCUCGGCGUGUCCGGGUUUUCCCACCAACCAAACGGAGAGAAAGCGGUGCCGGAGAGACCAGACCAGAUCGGAUGGCGGUCGGAACUGCGCACUCGCGGUACGUGAAGCUGAUGAAUGAUCAAGCGCCGGCGAGCUCAAUCAGCACAUCGAAGUUCCUCAGGUUUCUCUCUCUCCCUCUCUCUAGUCGGAUUCGUUGAAAUAUCUAUUAAUUUGACAUGGGUUUGCUCUGAAAACUCCGCAGCUAAUAUCCCAUUUGUUUUCCUGUAUGCUUUUGCAUCAAAGUCAACACAAUUAUUAUACGUCGUUGUCGUUCACGUAAAUCAAAUAUAAAGUGUUUACAAGAAAAAAAUAAAUACUAUUGUUUUACUUGUGUGGAGAUAACAAGCAUUGGAAUGUUGUCAGCUAAAGACAAGAAAGCCUACUGUUAGAGAAUUAUACAAAGAAAACAGAUGACACAAAAACUACUGGUAGCGAGUCGCAUGACACGUAGUCCAACCACAGAAGCUUGUAUGCUAUUAUCCAAAAUCCUGCAACUUCUGUGGUGCUCCUUAAUCUCUUUUCUUCUACUAAUCCAAUCCCAAAAUCUCCAAUCGAGCUUGCGCGAGUCAUAGUUCUUCAUCGCCAACCACAACCAAACCAUCUGUGCGCAACACAUAUUUUCAAUCAUGAACGACACAGUUGACAAACUUGUUAUCUUCCUGGCAAAGAGAGACGGCAUUGACAAGCUUGUCAAAACCUUCCAAUACAUCUCCAAGAUUGCGCACUGGCACGCCGAGGCCAAAAACCCCGAAAUCGCACAGCGAGCCAAGCAGUGGGAAGUUGCCUCCGGGCUUAGCCGGAAGGCCUUUCGAACGGGUCGGUUUCUCACGGGAUUCAAUGCGUUAAGAAGAAGCCCUGGAUCAACCCCUACGCUUCGGUUCCUAGCUGUUCUUGCUAAUGCAGGGGAGAUGGUCUACUUCUUUUUCGACCAUUUUCUCUGGCUGUCCAGAAUCGGGACUCUGAGCCCGAAUCUGGCGCAAAAGAUGAGCUUUAUAUCAGCGUUUGGUGAGUCGUUCGGGUACGUUUUCUUCAUCGUUUUGGAUUUCAUUGCACUGAAAGAGGGUGUGGAGGCAGAGAAGGUUGCUGCCUUGGAGGACACGUCUGCAGAGACGAAGAGCGAGAGUUUGAGGAAGAUUAGGGGUGAUAGAGUGAUGAGAUUAAUGGCAGUAGCGGCUAAUGUUGCGGAUUUGGUCAUCGGAAUUGCGGAUAUCGAGCCUAAUCCGUUCUGUAAUCAUGCAGUCACUCUUGGGAUUAGUGGUUUGGUGUCUGCGUGGUCUGGUUGGUACAGAAACUGGCCUUCAUAAGUGAAGUGAUUAAGCUCUUGUUAAUUAUGUUUGGAGUUCAAGUUUGUUAAUUCAGUAUCUCUAAUGCAUACUGCGUCAUUAUAUAAAAGAUUAAUUAUGUUCA